GCCUGGCCCAGCUCACUCCGGCUCUGGGCGGCUCUGUCCCACAGCACCCUGCAGGCCUGGCUCUCUGCCUCCCUCCCCUAACCGCAGAGGCCCCGGGCCAGGAGGCAGCGGGUCGCAGCCGGCACGGCCAUGAAGAAGCUGACGCUGGCGCUGAUCCUCCUGGCUGCAGCCUGGGCCGAGGAGCAGAACAAGGUGGUGCAUGGGGGGCCCUGUGAGAACGCCUCGCACCCCUUCCAGGCAGCGCUGUACACCUCGGGCCACCUGCUCUGCGGCGGGGUCCUCAUCCACCCGCUGUGGGUGCUCACGGCCGCCCACUGCAAGAAAGAGAAGCUCCAGGUCUACCUGGGCAAGCACAACCUUCAGCAGAGGGAGAAUUCGCAGGAGCAGAGCUCCGUCGUCCGCGCCGUGGUCCACCCGGGCUACGACGCCGCCACCCACGACCAGGACAUCAUGCUGCUGCGCCUGGCACGUCCGGCCAGGCUCUCGGAACACAUCCAGCCCCUGCCCCUGGAGAGGGACUGCUCGGCCACUCACACCAGCUGCCACAUCCUGGGCUGGGGCAAGACAGCCGACGGCGACUUCCCCGACACCAUCCAAUGUGCCUACAUCCAGCUGGUGCCCCGGGAGGAGUGUGAGCGCGCCUACCCGGGCCAGAUCACCCCGAACAUGCUGUGCGCUGGGGACCAGAAGUAUGGCAAGGACUCCUGCCAGGGGGACUCAGGGGGCCCGCUGGUGUGUGGAGACCGUCUGCGAGGCCUCGUGUCCUGGGGUAACGUCCCCUGUGGCUCCAAGGAGAAGCCGGGCGUCUACACCGACAUCUGCAGAUACAUCAGCUGGAUUCAAAGAACCAUUUACAUCCACUGUGCAGUGGCCAUGGCUCCUGCAGGAGGCCCCCGGGUGUGGCUGCUCAGUGCCCUGGCUGCAGCCUUGAUUCUGGGAGCUGCAGAGCUUGUUCUUGCAACCGAGGAAGUCUCCUGCGACAACCCCUCGGACCCGGGGCCGCCCGGGAGCGACCGGGACCUGGGAGCCGGGCCGCAGGAGGACGCCGGCUCUGACCGCAGCGGCAGCAGCAGCCGCAUCGUGAACGGGUCGGACUGCGAGAGGGACACGCAGCCGUGGCAGGGCGCGCUGCUGCUGGGGCCCGGGCAGCUGUACUGCGGGGCGGUGCUGGUGGCCCCGCAGUGGCUGCUCACGGCCGCCCACUGCAGGAAGCCCGUUUUCCGGGUCCGCCUGGGCCACCACUCCAUGUCACCCGUCUACGAAUCCGGGCAGCAGAUGUUCAAGGGAGUCAAGUCCAUCCCCCACCCCGGCUACUCCCACCCCGGUCACUCCAACGACCUCAUGCUCAUCAAAUUGAACCGCAAAGUCCGUGAGAGCCGCACGGUCAGGGCCAUCAACAUCUCCUCCUGCUGCCCCUCUGCUGGGACCCGCUGCACGGUGUCGGGCUGGGGGACCACCAACAACUCCCAGCAUGCCUUCCCCAAGGUCCUCCAGUGCUUGAAUAUCACCGUGCUGAGCGAGGAGCGGUGCAAGGAGGCCUACCCGGGGCAGAUAGACCACAGCAUGUUCUGCGCCGGCGACGAGGAGGGCAGGGACUCCUGUCAGGGCGACUCUGGGGGCCCCGUGGUGUGCGACGGCUUCCUGCAGGGCCUCGUGUCCUGGGGAGACUACCCCUGCGCCCAGCCCAACCGCCCGGGCGUCUACACCAACCUCUGUAAUUUCACCAAGUGGAUCCAAGACACCAUACGGAGGCACCAGGCUCCGCUCAGCUCCGCCGCAGAAGCCGAGAGCCGGGUGCCAGGUGCUGACGCGAUGGCCACGCUGGGACGUCCCUGGGGCUGGCUCCUGGGGUACCUGCUCGCCCUUGGUGUCACAGGUAUCUGUGCGUGUGCCACCGGAAGUCAGAUCAUCAACGGUGAGGACUGCCACCCGAACUCGCAGCCCUGGCAGGCCGCCCUGUUCGCCGACAACGAGUUCUUCUGCUCGGGGGUCCUGGUGCACCCGCAGUGGGUGCUGUCAGCCGCGCACUGCGUGCAGGAGGCCUACACCGUGGGGCUGGGCCUGCACAGCCUGGAGGCCGAGCGAGAGCCGGGCAGCCGGAUGAUGGAGGCCACACUGUCCAUCCAGCACCCGCAGUACAACAGCCCCUUCCUCGCCAACGACCUCAUGCUCAUCAAGCUGCAGCGGCCGGUGCUCCAGUCUCCCACCAUCCGCACCGUCGGGGUCGCCUCCCGGUGCCCGGCCGCGGGCGACUCCUGCCUUGUUUCGGGCUGGGGUUUGCAGCGGAACGGCAGGCUGCCCGGCGUGCUGCAGUGUGUGAACAUCUCACUGGUCUCCGAGGAGAUCUGCCGGUCCUUCUACGGCUCCGUGUACCACCCCAGCAUGCUGUGUGCGGGCGGGGGCCUGGACCACAAGGAUUCUUGCAAUGGUGACUCUGGGGGGCCCCUGAUCUGCAAUGGGUCCCUGCAGGGCCUGGUGUCAUUCGGCCAAGCCCAGUGCGGCCAGCCAGGCUUCCCAAGCGUCUACACCAACCUCCACAAGUUCAGAACCUGGAUAGAGGAAGUCAUCCGGACCAGCUAGCCACGGGGGCUGGGACCUGUGAUACCGACCCCCAGACACAGGCCGCGGAAGGAAUUCAGGGGGAUGCCCGCCCUGCCUCCCUCAGCCCGAGAGUCCACACCGCCAGGGCUCUGGUCCUGUGCACAGUGCCCCCUGGUGGCCCAGCGUCAGC